GCACCGGCCUUGACUUUGUAUGGGAGCCGCGCUCCCCCGCAAAGCUAGGAAGCAACAUUAUGGUUUCCCGCUAUAUCUGAAGAAACGUUAGAGAAAACAAAUUAGUAUGAUGGUGCCAGAGUUUUUUCUACAUUUAUGCUUAAACUUGCUUGAAAAUUACAAUUAAAAAAAGUGAAUGUAGGAUUUGAUAUGUUUUACGAGACAUAAGGGCAGGAAUUCAGAGGGAAAGGAGCAAUUUUGAGCUCUGCUCUUAAAAACGGCUUUUUUUAAAGGUCAUACGUCAAACGCGUCAUAUUACAUCACAUAGGGUAAACAUCUCCGCUCUCUGACCGCGGGUGUAGUUAGUAGUUGCGUUGAGUUGAGCGGUUGUGUUUUCGUGAGCUGGUAUUUUUCGGUAGUUUUACAUUGUAUUUCACCAUUUGUAAUCAUGGUGCAGUAUUGUGUUUGUGCAGGUUGCACAAAUACCAGCCUGUCAGGACAUCGAGUCCACAGUUUCCCUAACAGGAAAAGAAAGCUAGCUAGCUUUCGGUCCUGGGUUCAUUUUGUGCAGACAAAGAGACUGAACUUCAAUGCUGCGUCUGUGACGAAAAACGCGGUCGUUUGUGGCGCUCAUUUUCGACCGGAGGAUUAUGAGUCAAGUGAUGUGAGGGAUUGCAGUAUGGGAUAUCGAAGCCAGGACCGUGUGAGGCUGAUAGCUAGUGCGGUUCCGUCGAUACACACAGCUCCGGCAGCAGCAGCAGCAGCCGCCGGAAGCGGCGGGAGUGAGAGCGCGGGAUUGUCGGUCAGAGAUUCAGCAAAACGAAAACGUGAACUGUGCACCACUUUGGGAGACAACAGUACUGCAGAUUCACCUACAGCCAGUGAUGCUGGGCUUAUAGACCUAGAGCAAGAGGUCAUCUCUCCACUGGUUCCUCAGCCAACAUCUGUGCUUCACUGUGGCUCACAGUGUAACCUCAGACCUUUCCAUCGUUCAUCAGCUGUCCAGGUACAGCCCAGGAUGGUCAGUGUGGGGUGUCAGACAGAAUCUCCACUGCCCAGUCCUGCACACAGUGAUGAUGAGUCAUCUUCUGUAACCAUGGACCACCCUGGGGAUAUGCCAUGGAGCCCAGAGGAGGAAAUGAUGAGCGAGUCGUCUGACGAGGAACCAUCAAAAGAGCCACUGCAGCAAACUAAUGUUGAUCUCAAGUCAGAGUGAUCAAAACAAAUAAAUGGUGAAUCAGACGGAGUUGUCUUUCUGGUUAUUUAUUUGAAGCUUCAAAUACAUAAGAUCCAAUACAUAGACACAGGUCUCACAGAGUAUAGCAUAGUCUGCAUGAGUGUGCGCAGAUAUAAUCGAAAAGCAAAGCUUAUAUACAAGAAAGGGCGGGAAGCUCAGAAAUCUGUCUUCACACGGUCUCAUAUUGUUAUUAGACACCUGUCCUUGAGCUCAGAAUAGGGAAGUUCUUGGGAGACUUUGUGUGAAGAGGAGUAGUCUCAACAUAGUCUCACAAAUCAGCUCUGUGGCCUUGAAGCGCUUGGGAAUAAAAACCCACACUAGAGUAUGAGAAGAAAACAGCACAUCUCAGGAAAUGAGAAGCAUUUGGUUUAAACAUAUAAGGAUAUAAUAAAAAUGUCCACUACAUUCUCCCCUUUUGAUCAUA